AUGUACCCCGCAAACCGCACUCUUAAGGAUGACAUAUUCGAAUGGCACUGCACACUACGAGGGCCUGCAGGAACUGAAUUCGAUGGCGGCCUUUAUCACUUUCGUAUCCUACUCCCAGCAGAAUAUCCAUUUCGACCUCCAUCCAUCAUGAUAUUGACUCCCAAUGGAAGAUUUGAACUGAACACCAAGAUUUGCAUUAGCUUUACAAGUUAUCAUGAGGAACUCUGGCAACCUGCAUGGGGAGUGCGAACAGCCAUUCUCGGUUUACAAGGCUUCUUUCCAUUAAAGGGGCAGGCGGCGGUUGGUGUUGGAUCUAUUGAGUACCCUGCGUCGGAAAGGAAAAGGUUGGCUGCUUUAUCGAGAGAGUGGACAUGCCCACAUUGCAAACAAUCGAAUCUUGAGUUACUACCCGACCCUCCUGCAUCUACGAGCGCCAGUAGUGAUCAACCGGUUGCAGAGGAUGCAGAUGUUGCGCCGACAACGGUUGCAGCCGCUGAAAUCGUCCCCCCUGCAGAGAUUGAACCCGCUCCGAAAGGGUCUGCCGCCCCUCUUCCUGAACAGGCCGACGGAUCAAAGGAAGCUGAUCAAUCGACGAUGACCGAGCCACGGCUCACAGUUGCUGAAGAAAAUGACAUGCGAGCGAUGGCCCAGGCAUUACAUGACAAAUUAAACAAACUGCAGAGUAGGGAGGCCGUACGAGAGGCCGAGACACUGCGAAACCUGUCUUCCAGACCGCAGCAAGCUCACGUCGUCCGAAACGAACCUGCAGCAUCGGAGUCGCCGCGUGUGGCGUCGAGUGUCUCGACACCUGCUACGCCCAGCGGACCGACAGCAACACACAAUCCCUCCUCCUCCCCCUCCACACUCAAGCCCCAUGUAUCCAUGCCCCGCAGGAACUCUCUGCGCCUUCCAAACCAGCCCCCCUCGACGCCAAUUCCACCGUCUCUCAGGCAGUCGCCCUAUCUCAACGCACCCAUCUUCAAGCGCGAGAUCUCGUCGCCAAAUUUUCCUACUGAAGAGGAUGAGAAAUGGCUGCAGGACACCAUUCCCAUCCCCUCCACAAGCAACGAUCCCGCCCACAGUCCAGGUAGUGCUAAGGCUCAUUCAGACAGACGAGGGAGCGUUAAUCAGCCCAACUCAAGACACUUCGCAGUCCCUGGUGUGGCCGUCACGUCACCGUACCUCGAAGUUCCCUCGUCGCCGUAUAUGCCCAGCAGCAGGCCCAAGGCACAGACGGACAAAUAUCUCGCCCAUUCCCUCGCGCCUCCGCCGACCUAUGAUAUCUGCCCAUUAACCAGCACGGGCAGCGCCCCUAAACCCGCCCCUUUGAACCAGACUCAGUCAGAGUCCAGUGUCUCACGUCUAUCAACCAGUUCGAACCAAAGUUACUUCCCUCGUGUACCUCCCAUGAGGUAG